GCAGCCCCAAUCCAUCAUUUGUCUAGGGAAUAAGGGGAAUUCUUUGGAGAUUCAAAAGCAACAUGGCAUCGCCCCAACAUCAACAACUGCUGCCUCGCAACACAGAAGUGAGCUGUGACUCAAGUGGAGAUGGAGGCGUCUCGGUGAGGAUUGGCAGUAGUGCCAAACACAAGCAUGGAGGCGGGCCGCUGGGUUCAAUUGGGGGAGGUUUCAUCGGGGGAUCCAAGCACUGCAAGUACAGCAUUUCCUCCAGCUGCAGCUCCGGAGAGUCCGGAGCCAGGAGGCCCGUGGUCAAGAGCAAUCGCGUACAGAAGAAGAUGCCUCAGCUUUUUGAGAGAUCUGCUGGUCAUUUCUGGGACCCAAAGUUUGACUCCUCGAUCCUGGAAGAGGCCUGUAGGGAACGGUGUUUCCCUCAGACCCAGCGGCGCUUCCGCUUUGUGCUCUUCUACCUGGUUGCCGCUGCCCUCCUCUGGGGAAUAUACUUUGCUAGCAACCCUUCCCGCUGUGACAGGACUGCCUUUCUCCUUCCCACCGCGUCCUUCCUCCUUUUCUGCUUUCUUCUCUUCCUCUUAACUUUUACAAAACUCUACUCUCACUACUACAACCAAGCGUCUCUGCUGCUCAUCAUUGUAACCUUCACCCUGACCCUGGCCCCCCAGAUUCAGACAUCAAGCUUCAGGGACCCGGAGACUCCCACACCUGCACCCGAUGUGGAGGAGUUCAGUGGAAUGGGACCCUCAUACAACCUGUCCUAUGACAACCUCCCGGGAGGUAACACCUGGUCCCCUUGUCUGUCUCCUGUCGGCACCUUCUCCCUCUGUAUCGAGGUUCUUCUGUUGCUUUACAGCGUUCUCCAUGUUCGCCUCUAUGCUUCUGUUUUUCUUGGGUUUCUCUACUCUGUCUUUUUUGAGAGUUUGGGCUGGCUGCAUCUGACCCAGGCCGGGGAAAACUGGAUCAUAGCCUCUCAAUCAGACUGGGAUACGUUAUGUUGGCUCGGCCCAGCCAAAGCUCUACUUCACCUCUGUGCCCACGUCAUCGGCAUCCACCUAUUCAUCAUGUCUGAAGUCCGGUCACGCAGCACCUUCCUUAAGGUGGGACAAGCUAUCAUGCAUGGCAAAGAUCUGGAAGUGGAGAAAGCCUUGAAGGAGCGUAUGAUCCACUCUGUCAUGCCCAGAAUUGUGGCUGAUGAGCUGAUGAAGCAGGGUGACGAGGAGAUCGGUGAUAAUUCUGUUAAACGAUACUCCACCAGCGGUGCAGCAGCUGUCAUCUCCAGCCCUAAAAACAACAAACGCAAGAAAACUUCCAUCCCUCGUGGCCAGAUUAUCUUCAGACCCUUCAACAUGAAGCGGAUGGAGCCUGUCAGCAUCCUCUUUGCAGACAUUGUGGGUUUCACAAAGAUGUCUGCCAACAAAUCUGCUCAUGCCCUCGUUGGACUAUUAAAUGACUUAUUUGGGCGUUUUGAUCGACUCUGUGAGCUCACCGGCUGUGAAAAGAUCAGUACUCUAGGAGACUGUUACUACUGUGUGGCUGGUUGUCCCGAACCAAGACCGGACCAUGCGUAUUGCUGCGUGGAGAUGGGCUUGGGCAUGAUUCAGGCUAUUGAACAGUUCUGCCAGGAGAAGAGGGAGAUGGUCAACAUGAGGGUGGGUGUCCACACUGGCACUGUACUGUGUGGUAUCCUGGGCAUGAAACGCUUCAAGUUUGACGUCUGGUCGAACGACGUCAACCUCGCCAACCUAAUGGAGCAGCUGGGAGUGGCUGGGAAGGUCCACCUGUCACAGGCCACUGCCAACUUCCUGGAUGAUCGCUACCAGCAUGAAGAUGGACAAGUCAUUGAGAGAAUAGGACAGAGUGUGGUGGCUGACCAGCUCAAAGGCCUGAAGACCUACCUGAUCUCUGGCAGGAAGGUGGAGCCUCACUCUCUCUGCAGCUGCUCUCAGUUGGGUUUGGCGGGGCCUGAGCUUGUAGAUGGUCGGAGCCCCACCUCCAAGGUGAGCACACCUGAUGGAGCCCCUUCAGCAUCGACCCUGCCUCCAGAGAGUGCUAAGUCUCCUUGUAUAUCCUGCAGUGUUGUACUGAUACCAGGGGAGGAUCAGGUUCUGGAGGAAGCUGUAGCUGUGCACAAUGGCUGCCAUGACGACAACAAGACCAUCAGCAACAAGGACAUUUCAAAUCUGAAGUGUUCACCAGCUGUUUCUGCAGGGCGCAGCCCCAAGGCCCUUAACGGCCUGCUCAGUCCUCAGCUGGAAGCCUUGAACAACAGCCAGACGUCACUAUGUGAGAUGCUGCAGGAGAAGGAGAAGAAGACGUGGAGCGGAGGAGCCAUGGGCAUGGACCAUUCAGCGCUCAUCCCUCUACGCUCCAAGAACUUCAGGGAGAGGAGCGAUGCUCACUUUGUGGAUGUUAUUAAAGAGGACAGCCUUAUGAAGGACUAUUUCUACAGACCUCCCAUAAACAAGCUGAGCCUCACCUUCCUGGAGAGUAGCCUGGAGUCUGCUUACCGGAUAAGCUACCAGGAGGAGGUGGAAAGCCAAGCACCAGUGCAGACUUUCGCCAGUCCAACGUUCAGCUCUUUUCUCGACAUGCUGCUGUGCUGUUCAGUGUUUCUGGCUCUCUCACUGGCCUGUUUCCUUCGACCGCUUGUUUCCCAUCAGAGUUUCUCAACACCAGCACUCAUUCUGACAACCGUAGCCGCCCUGUUGGAGGCUCUGGCUUUGCUGUUUGCUAUACGAAUGGCUUUCUACCUGGACAGUGUGCUGAAUUGCACUCGGGUGCUGAUGAGAGCCAUUUCAGGCUGGAUUGCGCGUCACUUUAUAGGAGCUGUCCUGGUGUCCCUGCCCACUGUGGCUGUCUUCUCUCAUGUUGCCUGUGACAUGCAUCUCUCCAUCCAGUUCACCAUGUUCAUCUGCUGUGCCGUCAUCAUAGCCAUCAUUCAGUACUGUAACUUCUGCCAACUCAGCUACUGGAUGCGCUCAGUUCUAGCGACUCUGGUGGGACUAACACUCCUUGCCUUACUCUUCAGCUCCCCCUGCAGUGUUGCUAAGAAUCUGUUUUUCUGGUCAGAUGGCCAGAGUAAUACCAACAACAGCAACAGCAACAGCAGCAGCAACAACAGCAACAGCAGUAGCAACAGCUCCAUCUUCAUGUCUGACAGCCCAGCAGACCCAGACCCACAGGACCUGCUGGGCCCUGAGGCCUGCGUGGCCUUUUCUCUGGUCCUUCUUCUCAUCUGGUUCCUUAACCGUGAAUUUGAGGUCAGUCACCGCCUUCAUUACCAUGGCAACGUGGAGGCGGAUCAACAUCGCAUCAAGAUCCAGAACAUGAGGGACCAGGCUGACUGGCUGCUUCGCAAUAUCAUCCCUAUCCAUGUGGCCGAGCAGCUGAAGGUCACCCAGAGCUACUCCAAGAACCACGACAAUGUGGGUGUAAUAUUUGCCAGCAUCGUUAACUUCAGUGAGUUUUAUGAGGAAAGCUAUGAGGGAGGCAAGGAGUGUUAUCGGGUCCUCAACGAGCUAAUUGGAGACUUUGAUGAGCUGUUGCGGAAGCCUGCCUUCUCAAAUAUGGAAAAGAUCAAAACCAUUGGUGCCACAUACAUGGCGGCAGCAGGACUCAAUGCGCAGCAGUGUGCAGAUGCGGCACAUCCUCAUGCACACCUCCGUGCUCUUUUCGAAUUUGCCCUUGAAAUGAUGCGUGUGGUAGACGACUUCAACAAGAACAUGCUGGGCUUUGGGUUCAAGCUUCGCAUUGGAUUCAAUCACGGGCCUCUAACAGCCGGUGUAAUUGGCACCACUAAGCUUCUCUACGAUAUCUGGGGCGACACAGUCAACAUCGCCAGUCGCAUGGACACUACAGGUGUGGAGUGUCGUGUCCAGGUCAGCGAGGAGAGCUAUUGUGUACUCAGUGCCAUGGAUUAUGAGUUUGACUACCGUGGCACAGUUAAUGUCAAAGGCAAAGGUCAGAUGAAAACCUUCCUUUACCCGAAGAGCAGUGACAGCGGCCCUGUGCCUCAGUACCAACUCUCAGUCUCACCAGAGAUCCGAGCACAGGUGGAUGGAAGCAUUGGGCGCUCGCCCACUGAUGAAAUUGCCAGCAUGGUGCCAACAGCCGGCAUAACUGCAAGCAGUACCAACACUACAGUACCCAGUGCCAGUGCCGUUUCCUCUACUGCCAAAGGGCUUUACCAUGAGAAACAGGUGGACAGCCGUGAAAGACGUCCCUCUACAGAGACCUCUCAUGCCAGGCGUUCUACGUCUCACCUAGAAGGACCUCCUUCUUCUGCAAAUAACAAACAACUCAUCUCAUCGUCAGUACAGCAAAAUACACCCCAAAAUUCUACAGCAAUGAUCCAGAAAGACAUCAAGAAGAACAAACGCGAUGGCGAUUAUGACAGUAAUGUUGGAGAGUUAACCAGACUUUAA